AUUAUUAAAUUGAAUGAUGAAUAAUAUACACUCUCAUAUAUAUAGAUCGUGAUAUUAAAACUAUCUAAUUUUUUCUACAUCAUAAUAAUGAUAAUAAGAUAUUUUUAUCUAGACGGUUAUUUGUUUCGAUCUCUUGAGGCUGUUUCCUAAUUAUCCUAUUAUCUUAUUUGAUAUAUUUUGCUGUUCGACGGUUUUUAUGCUCUUCUUGGCCUAUCCAUCGUGCAAAUCUUGCUAAAGCUAUUGAUAUCAGCAACUGGAUCAAAUUAAUAUAAUGUCUAUAACAUAUUAGUUUUUGCUCGAACGCGCGUGUUUUUGAUUUAGGAAAAUAUGGGAUAAAGAAGGAGGAUGGUAAAUUACGACCGGUAUUAAGAUAGUAUCUGCAAUCCAGUUGUCAAGUAGGUUUGUUAAAAUAAAACAUUGAUAAAGAAGAAGUCUCUUGUCUUAGAUAAUAUAUGUCUUGAUAAAGUCUUUUAAGAUAGAGUUUCUUGAUAUCGUUCAGUACUCUAAUUAAAAGCUUAAAGCCUUCAGCUCUUAAGUGAUUUCUGUAAAUAAUUUAUAAUUUGUAUAAUGUGAAUCGAACUUUCAUGUUAUAUCACUUUAAUGUAUAGUGUUGGAUAAAUAAAAUAAAGUGUUAUACGCGUUUUAAUUCAUAUACGAGGUAAGUAUAUUUGUAAUUAGAAUGGCUGUAUUACCCAUUCUCACUUUUUAAAUCAAUUUUAAAAAUACAGAUAAUUAGAGGCCAACGCUAAAUGUAAGCAAGCAAGAUAUUUUUCUGAGUAUUAUUUGCAGUGUAAACAUGAACAUUUGUUAAGCAUUUAUUUUCAGCCUAAUUACGUGAUGUUUUUAGACAGUAUGAACAGUGUUUAAAAUCUAUCAUUUAAAAGUGUGAUGCAUGCAUAACAUUUAAUAUUUUUAAUAAUAAUUAGUGGUUUUUAAUUAUCAGAAAUAUCGAUAACUCGCAUACUACUACACAUCUUUAGAUCUUAAACCGUUCUAUAUUUGUUUCCCAUUCAAUGUUUCCAAAUACUAGCGGAUCUUUUUUGCGUUUAACUCGCGUUGGCGUCUAAUUAGCUUCGAUUUAAUUUCGUAUUUUCAUCACUAGUUCACAUACUUCAAUUGCGAUUUUACAAAAUUUAUUGUGUAUAAAAUACACACGAAUAUUCUGAUAGUAAUAGUAUGUCCGCAGAUUCUAUUUUUUUUUACAAAAAAAAUACUUUUUAUAAAACCUAAUAAUUUUAAACUCUUAAAAAAUUCGUUAGAUUAUAGAUUGUCCUCCGAUUCUUUUGAAUUAUAAAAUUUAAUUCUUACAAUUAGUUAUUGUUAUUGCUAUAAUACAGCACGUUUUUUAAUAAAAUCAACUACAAUGAACAAUUUGAUGCUUUCCCUGUCGAAACAUAAACUGAUAAUAUCGACAAUGGUCGGUGUGACUGCCGGGACAAUAUGCGGUAUGAGUCUCAAGCAUUAUAGUGAAAAAUCGUGGUCUGAUCGAGACAUCAUGUAUCUCAAAUUUCCUGGAGAAGUGUUUCUCAGAGUGGUGAAUUGUUUAAUAUUACCGCUUGUUACGUCCAGUAUUAUAAGUGCUACUUGUAAUCUCAGCAAAUCUGGACCAAUUGGAUUGAUGGCAUUAUACUAUUAUCUAACGACUACUACAAUUGGAAUAAUUUUAUGUGUUAUACUUGUUGAGACUAUUCGGCCGGGCGAAUUAAUGAGAAAUGAAAACAUUAUUGUGUCGACGUCCACAAAAACCUUUAUGACAGUAGACACAAUUUUAGAUUUAUUUCGUAAUUUGUUUCCUGAAAAUAUAGUGCUCGCAUGCAUGUAUCAGUAUCAAACCAUUCUGGAAAAACCAACUAAUGCAAAUACAUCAGUAUCAAUAGAAGAAUGGUCCAUAACAAGCGAAUAUGUGGCAGGCACAAAUGUCUUGGGUUUAGUAUUUUAUAGUCUAUUACUGGGUCUGGCAAUUGGAAAUAUAGGUACAAAGGGAAAGCCAUUAUCAGAUUUUUUCAAUUCCCUGACUGAUGUUAUGAUGAAAAUUAUGAAAUGGAUAACGUUAAUAGCACCGAUAGGCGCAUCAUUUCUUAUCGCUGGUCGAAUUCUGGAAAUCGAUGAUUUUAGUAAUAUGAUAAGUCAUUUAGGAUUUUACAUUUUAACCGUGUUUAUUGGUCUGAUACUGCAAGGUUUUGUAAUACUACCCUUCCUUCAUUGGAUUAUCACGCGCAAAUCAUCUUAUAAAAUUAUAUCCAAACUUGGCCCAUCCUUUGCAACAGCUAUUGGAACAUCGUCAAGCACAGCCACAGUUCCAUACACAAUACGAUGUUUAGAAGAUCUGGGAAUAAAUCAUAAAAUUACAAAAUUUCUUGUACCAAUUGGAGCAGCAAUAAAUAUGGACGGGAUAGCCCUAUACGAAACUGUUGGAGCGAUAUUUAUUAUACAAUUACGUGGAUUACAAUUUUCAUUAUUUAAAAUAAUAGUCAUCAGUAUUACAUGUACAGUAUCGUGUGUGGGUGCUGCUGGGAUACCUAGCGGUGGUUAUAUGAUGUUAAUAAUGGUGUUAAACUCUAUAGGAGUACCAGUCGAAGAUGUUACAUUGAUUAUCGCUACUGAUUGGUUUGUUGACCGUUUUAGAACGACAAUCAAUAUUAUAGGCGAUGCGCUUGGCGCAAGCAUUAUAUCUCACUUUUGUAAAGAAGACUUAGAAGAUGAAAUGUAUCCAUUGAAAACAAACGUUAUUUGCAAUGUGCCCAUAUAAAUGUUUCUGCAUAAUGAAGUUUGGAAUAGAUAUGACAUAGCAUCAUGUAGUAACAAGAUUUACUAAGCAUUGUGUAAUAAUUUUCUCGAUCAAAUUUUUCUUAUAAUGCUCAUUGUGCUCAGUAUAAAUAUAAAUAAUAAAGGAAAAUUGAAAAAAGGGAAGAAUAAUAUGCCAUAGUAUACAUAAUGUAGCAUUAUAAAACAGCUAUAUUUUUACAAAGAUAAAAAAUGUCUAUUGUGCGAUACAUUUUUUUUUCAUAUGUCUGACCAUUACAUUAUCAAGAGUUUAAAUUUAGUUAAAUUGAUUUAUUAAAUGUAACUAAAAUUUUUAAUUUAAAUAUAGUUUAAAUUACUAUUGGAUUAUUGUACAAGUAAUAUAAUUCAAUUGUAUAAAUUGUAAUUCUCAUAAUUGAAUUAUAUAGACUUUUGUAGCACCUUUGUGUAGUAAAAAUAUAAUAGUCUAUGCAU